AUGCAGGAAAGGGGGCGAAACUUCAAAGCGUUUGCGGGAUCUCAGUUGACGCGGCUGGCGUCGUCCAACGCUGUGAAUCGGGCAUAUGAACUUGGAGUUCGUGUCAAGGAUGCAGCUGUCCAGGCGUCCCAAUCGUCCGUUCCAACAAGCGGCGGCCAGCCUCAGUCUUGGAAAGAAUGGGCCCUCCAGAAGAUCCCCACCAGAGGUCCAACAAAUCCUGGAGUUGAAACUGUCUACCUAUUUCCUGGCUGGGCGACUCGAAAGUCGACGAACAAGGACGCUGGAUUCACGCUCUGUGUCCAUAUAUCUGGGUUUGCAAGUAGCUUGCGGCCUCCAGAAAGCGCCACGCGGUCCCAAAAGGCCUUCAUGGCCCUCGCACGUAGGAUGGCUGCAUUACCACCACUUCCGAUCAAUCAACAACCAACCGUGAUCCCACCUUCUCAGAUUCCGCUCUCGCCAUCUAUGCAGGACUUGCUUAGGUCAGAAAAAGCGCCAGAAGAGCUUGAAGCUGAAGAGCUGCAAGCUCUCAAUGCUGAACUUGAUGAGAUGCCUCCUGAGCUACGACCUACCCUUUCCCGCGAGUCGGCUGCGUCUUCAAAUGUGAACGUAUCGUCCAUUCCACUCGAGCAGCUUCGACGGAUGCACGAUAACCUCGAUCGCCGACUGCAACCAUUUUGGUCCAGCAGCAUUCCGAAUAGACAAGUCAUCUUAUCUAUCUUUGCCUCUACAGAAGAAGAGAAAGGAGAUUCGAUCGAAACGACCUCAUUUACGCCACUCGAGGACGAUCGGCAACCACUCUUCAAAAUCCAAACCUCUACAGAUGCACAGGGAACAUUCUCCCAAGUCAUAUCGAUUCCAUACGAAACGAUCUGCACGAAUCCAUAUAGUCUCGGGAUCGCAUUUGGAGGUUAUGAGGCAGAACCAAGGCUCAUUGUACAAGCUGAGCUCAAGCCACCUCCUAUGCCCGCCCCUUCCUCUCAGCAGGAUGAAGGUUACUUUACCCCGCCCAAGAUGAUCACGACACAUAUUGCGAUUCCCAUCUCCAACCAGCAGAUUCGCGUUAUCAGUGAUAUUGACGAUACCAUCAAGAUUGCAGACGUACUCUCAGGCGUGAAAAAAAUCUUCCACAAUGUCUUUGUCACGGCACUCGAAGACCUGAUCGUACCGGGCAUGAAUAAAUUUUAUCAAAAGCUUUAUGCGAGAGGCGUAAGGUUCCACUAUGUCUCAAAUUCGCCGUAUGGGCUGCUCCCUAUCAUCACAGAAUUCUUGCAAGUAGCAGAAUUGCCUCAAGGCUCCCUUAGGCUACGCUUCUAUGGGGGUAGAAGUCUGUUCGGAGGGCUCUGGGAGCCAGCCGGAGAACGCAAGAGGGGCGGCGUGGAGCAUGUACUUAACAGCUUCCACGAUUCCAAAUUCUUCCUCAUAGGCGAUACCGGUGAACAAGAUCUUGAAUUAUACUGUGAUUUAGCGAGGGAGCGGCCCGAUCAAAUCAUUGGCAUAUUUCUACGUGACGUCGUCCCUGUCGUCGACCUCUUAGGAGCCCCCAUGACUGAGGAGCCAGCCAGCAUUGACCCUCAACCCCUCCCGGCUUGGACGUCAAACCCUUCCACAAGCACGACCCUCGAUCGUCCAGCUUGCAGCAGCAACGGCAAAACAGCCUUCCUUACACCCCACGCAUCACCUUCUUUCCAGCAACAGCCACGACAGCAGCCCCCGAUGCAGCUCCCGCCGAGCUUUAUCGAUGAUGAGCCCCUAAUUCCUGGUCGCGAUGUGUACUCGCAGGCUAAUCAAGAUCAAAUGAAAAUGUCGCCUACAGAACGUCGGCGAUUCGACCUAGACCAGCGAAUUGCCAGAGCUAGACAGAGCAUCCCUCGUCAUAUUGUCUUGCGCGUGUUCAGAAACGCAGAGGAGAACGAGGAGGAUGCAUUCGCCAUCAUUGAUAGUCUCAUGUCACGAAGAUGA